AUGGGAGCCGAAGAAAGUAGCCAGAUAGACACGACAACCUGUAUUCGUCCUUACUCUAAAGACAUUUACAAUCCAAUUGGAGGCGGACGCUUCAUCCCUGAGAGAGGUUUUGAUUAUGAAAUCGACGCAGAUUCUAACAAACUUCAAUCAAAUUUCUCGCUAAAUGUCUAUAAAGCUCCAUAUCCAUGCAUUUGGUCGACGUAUUUUCCAAAGAAAAUUACUCCACAGUCACGAACAGGACACUUUUCUGCAAUCGAUGAAGAUUCGCGUUAUGUUUACAUUGGAAAUGGUAUAACCGAGAACAAUGAAAUGCUCUUUGACUUAUGGCGUCUGAACUUAGAUUCUCUAGAAUGGGAAAACGUGAUCUUGUCAGGCGAUCAAUUACAGCCAAGAUCUGGAAGUAAGGCAGUUAUAUUCAGACACAUAUUAAUAGUUUUUGGUGGAUAUUCUGGCACAGAAUACUUAAAUGAUAUGUAUUAUGUCAAUUUAAGUACAGGCGAAGUAAAACUUGCCCAAAUAAACGGCCCAUUACCAACAGGAAGAUCAUCUCCAAUCUUUAAUCUCGUCAAUGGUAAGGUUUAUUCUUUUGGAGGUUUCGAUGGUAAAUGGGUCAACGAAUUAUGCAUAUUCGAUCUCAACACCACUCAGUGGACCAUCAUACCAACCGAGAUACAGGGGCGAACAAACGUGCCUUCGGUUGUCUACGGAAAUCAAAUCUAUUCUUACGGCUGCUCCAAGGCAGGUGGUAUUCUUGUUAUCGACACUGCCACCAACGAUAUCAAGAUUGUUCAGACAAAUGGUCCAAGCCCUCCUUCGACAUCCCUAGGAAGUGGCAUGGUAUUAGUUGGUGACCACCUUAUCUACUUUGGCGGUACAUCAGAGUUUUCUGGCAGCUUGAUGUACCUGUUCAACAUUCCUGCAAAGAAAUGGUCGAUUCUUCAUGUCUGUCCUGACGGUGAUACGACUUCUUACGACGAUGGCGUCAUUACUACACAGGGAUUGUUCAUGAUUCCAAAGUUCCAGUCAUUUGGAACUGUUUACGACCCUUAUAAGCGCAGAAUUGUUUCGUUCCUCGGCCAACCUUACAAUAAUUAUCAUUCUAUACAGAGGUUUGAUAUCCAUGAUGCCAUUGCGCAUCAGAACCUUCAGAAUGAUAUGGUUUCCGUUUUAAAUUGUCCAUAA